CGGCCUUAUUAAAACAGGGUAAAAGGUAUAAGGUGUACAUAGGUGUGCGUUGAAGGUACAUGUGUGAAUAUGGUGACGUAUUAUACAAUCCACUUUGCAUUUGUAGGCCUGCUUGUUUACGUCCUAUACACAGGAAAUGUCAACACCUCGCCUACGCCCACGUGGCCAAGCUCGUACAAGACAUGCGUAGAAAUGUUUUCGAAUGAAGAGCCAAUCAGAGCUGGCUGGUACGUGGAUGGCGUAAACAAGAGAGUACGAUUGGACAGCUAUGGAAUUCCAGAAGGACGCGAAAAAGUUAACAGAUUAGAAACCCUGAUUUCUGCAUCAAAAAGAAAGCGAAGAUCAAGCGACAGCCCCUUGCAACAUGUCUUCGCAAAUGACAUCAGCAGUGGCUGGCAGACGAUGGAUAGUUGGUCAGACUACGCAUGUCAUCUUCACGGAGCUCCUCUUUAUAUUUUCAUCUUCCGAUAUGAUCUCGGUGUCCAGUACGACAUUUUCCCUUCACCUAACCCGCCUGGGAUAGACUGUACAAAACAGAACCUUACUGAUAUUUUCCCAGAGGCUCCGUUGUUAUCGAAUCUGUACUUUGUUGGAGUAGAAAUGAGGAACGGCACAACAGUGGAUCACUGGAGGGCUUCGUAUUUCUUGUAUGACAUCGAUUACUUGUUCAACAACCAGACUGGAAUCCCUGUUAGUUUGUUCGUGAACGGAGAUGAAAAUGCGUUUUCAUAUUACCAGGAAGGGAAACUUGAGGGAGAUGUUUUUAAACCACCUGAUCAUCUCCAGUGUUCCUGA